AUGGCGUUGCUGACAAACUCGGCGUCGGCGACAGGACCGGCGGCCGGCGGGCCGACGGCACCUCAGGCCCAUUCGGCGACGCCUCUUCACCACUACUUCCAUUACUUGAAGCAGCCAUCUCCGUUGGCACAGAAUCCUUAUGCCCACCACUCCGGUGCGCAUCACAUGGGAAUGGGCCCAGGCCCUUUAGGAGGAUUAGGGCCGUUUGGCCUAACCCCACAUGGUUUAGAAGCUGUUGGAUUUCCACAAGAUCAAUAUGAAAAACCAUGGAGCUGGAGUGUUAAUCCUAGAAAACAAAGGAGAGAGAGGACAACGUUCACUCGUGCGCAGCUAGACGUGUUAGAAGCUUUAUUUGGAAAAACAAGGUACCCUGACAUCUUCAUGAGGGAAGAAGUCGCGCUGAAGAUCAAUCUACCUGAGAGUAGAGUGCAGGUUUGGUUCAAGAACCGAAGAGCAAAAUGUCGACAACAGCUGCAGCAGCAGACGAACACACAGAUAUCCAGUAAAUCCACGUCCAGCUCCAAGUCAUCAGUAGCCAACAGCAGCAUCAAGACUUCCACAAGCUCCACAAAGAUAACCACUUCUAAAUCCCUCACCAGCUCCUCAAACGUAGCUACUACACAGAAUUCUAGUAUCACCACAUCUUCUCCCAACCUUCCUAUUACUCCUACGACUUCUGUCAGUCCCCCUAUAAACGUUAUCUGCAAGAAGGAGUCAGCAGGAUCGAACUAUGAAAGUUCCCCGCUGAACAAAAAUAAUAGUUUAACUUCUUUAUCCCACUACAAUUCCAAUGAGCUGAGAAUAAGUGGUGGCAAGGAAUCUUCCCCUUCAGAACCGGUGUCCAACAUCCACGGUUAUGGAGUCACUCCUAAGCAGGAGUUGUACAGCAGUCCGAAGAGAUUGGACUAUUCCAGCAAGUUGGACUACACAGAAAAGUUCGGGAGUAAUUUGGUAAAAGACCAGUAUAGCUCCCGAUUGACGGGUAAUCUUACUCCUUUGGGGUCCAAUUCCUCAAUCAUGACCACUCCGUCUCCUCCUAUUACUCCUCAGAGUAUAAACGGACCAGGGAACGUGUACCACCCGGAUAGUUACAACAGCUUCCAUUGGCCGGGCAGUUCCGACUACAUCAGGAGUUACUCGACGUCACACCAUCACCAAGGCUACGGGCAGAGCGCGUACAAUUCGCCAUAUUAUCCUAGUCAGAUGGAAUACUUCAACGGUGCUUCGGUGAACCAAUCGCACGGCAGUCACCAUGGUCACAACCUGACUGCCAAUGGCAACCAGCUGUACAACCAAGUAUCCUUCGGCAACCCAUCCCCUCCAGGGGCCUGGGCAUCACACCACAACAUCCUGUCUUCAGGCCCAGAAUCGCCAGAGAACCAAUCCCAAAACUCGCCACAUUUGAGCAUGCUACAAGCCUCGCAAAUAACGAACUUUUCAAAUUCGGGGAACAGUUAUUUCGCGCCAGAAAAGUACGGUAUCAAUAUGGUUUAG